AUGCUGGCCACAACGAAACAGAACAGUCGGUCAGUUCACGAUCAUAAUGCCCGAUUGAGCUUUACGAGGUACAUCUCUGGAACCGUCUCUGGAACCGUCUCUGAUCCCUUCUUCAGCCGCGCCCAACAAUAUCCAAUUCUAUUCAGUGAGCCGGCUACGUACCCAGUGGUAAUCUCGGUAACGCAUAUCUCACUAUCUCAAAGGGUCUCGACCGAGAAGCGAGAGACAACAGGUGGAGGGAGUGGUUUGCCUUACGAAACAAACACGCAUGCAGAGUGGUCCAGAUUCCCUUAUAUGGAGAAGUUCUGCUCACGGAGUCCAUUUGGCACGGCAUUCAACGCCCCUUCAUACCGGAUAAAGCGGCUAAAGGACGUCCAUCUAGCCUCAUGGCAUUUUGCUCAACACAGGUUAGCUUUCCGGCUCGACAUGCGUCUCCACUCCGGAUCUCGGAGCCGGACAGCUUCCGAGUUUCGAAAGGAUGGCAUUCUGCCCUUUUCCCAUAUCAGCGAGUCAUCAGAGCUCCUCAAGAAUCGCGGACGAGCUCUUUCCCGAGAGAAGAAAUACCGUUCUCGGGAUGUGGAGUCGUUCCAUGGAGGCGGGAUACACUUGGCCCUACAUUCUCUCUCAGUGUCUAUUUUGUCACUAUUCAGAUUGUAG